UUGUCUUUUCUUAUCUACAUAUUCUUAACUCCGUUUUUUGGUCAAAUCAUAAUUGGCCUCUCUGUUUUCUUGUUUGAUUUUUCUGUGCAACACUUCUUGAUACAAACAGCCACCAACUCUUCUCAUCCGCAUAUAAGGAAAUAAUUUGAGCAAAAUGACAAGUAAUACGGAGAGUUAUUCACGAGAAGAAAUUGUAACUGACAUUCUAUCGAGAUUACCUGUGAAAUCACUGUUGCGAUUCAAAUGUGUUAGUAAAAGUUGGUGUGAUCUCGUCAAAAGCUCAAGUUUUAUCAGAAAGCACUGCGAUAGCCCAAGUAAUCAUACCCGUCCAGUGGUUUGCAAGUUCGGUGUUGACUACAAUCAUGAUCCCGAACCUCUACGGGCUUUUAAUUUUUUCGUGCUACCUGAGAAAAUGUACGCAGGAUGUGUCCCUAUACAUCAGAGGCUUUAUCGUUGCGAAGGCGUAACUGAUUUCAGAAGUAUUUCUGGUCCAGUUGAUGGGUUGUUCGUAUUAGAGAAAGGACAUUAUCUAGAAAAUGUUCGGUUUGCUUGGUGGAAUCCUGCAACCAAAGAGUGCAGGCUUAUUCCCAAGUUUAAUUUUGAGCUUCUAAAUUCUUUCGACGAUCACAGCCGUACAGUGGGAUUAGGAUUAGACCUAGUGAAUCAAGACUAUAAACUUAUAUGGAUGCGAGUAUUUUACGAUGAUGAAAAAAACGAUGUUUAUCCUAAGGUGUUUACUGCUGUCUAUUCAUUGAACAACGACUCGUGGAAGUUGAUAGAGCCUGAUUUACCUCACGACACUCACUUAUGUGUGUCGCUUGAUUGUACUUAUUUGAACGGACUUUAUUAUUGGAUGUCCCUUAGCAAGGAGAACAUUUGUUAUCACCUUAAUAGCAUUGCCACAGAUGGAUGAAGCUACUCUAUUUUGUACAGUUUGUUAUAACUAAGUUCAGCACUGACUUGUGUGUUGCUUCUUGAAUUGCAAUCAUUUCCACAAUAAAGAGUGCUGAAAACAUACUGUAGCCAAUAGCUUGCUAAAUGGUUAAAUUUGAUGUAAUGAGUUUGUGUUAGGUUUCGUGAAAGGGCGUAAAUGGGAAAUGGAAGAGGCACCUUUUGAAUUGCGCCCCUUCACCUCACCUUUUCAUUGUCUAUAAAUUUAAAGGCUUAGCCUCAUUUUUCACACAUGAAAAGUCUGAAAAUUUCUCCUUUCUUCUCUACAUUGUUGCAUUAGUUUUUCAA